GAGGAUUCAGACAUUAGAUUAGCAGUCAGAAUGUUUUUUGGUGGACAGUAUUACUACUUCAGACACUUAAAGAAAAUGAUUCACACAUUUGUUUUGUUCUGUUUGUGCUUCUGGCGUCUGAUUGGUGUGUUUGGUGAGUCAGUGUCAGUGAUGGAGGGAGAUUCUGUUACUUUACACACUGAUCUUACUGAAAUACAUGAAGACGACCAGAUAGUGUGGACCUUUGAAGCUGAAAACUCUCUGAUAGCUGAAAUCAACAGAGCUGCUGGAAUCUUCAACACAUCUGAUGGUCCUGAUGAGAGAUUCAGAGACAGACUGAAGCUGGAUCUUCAGACUGGAUCUCUUACCAUCACAAACACCACAACUCAACAUGCUGGACUCUAUAAACUAGAGAUACGUGGAGCAAUACUGUCAUCACAAACAUCAAAUGUUUCUGUUUAUGCUCGUUUGCCUGUUCCUGUCAUCAGCAGUAACUCUUCAAACUGUUUAUCUUCAUCAUCAUCUUCAUCAUCAUCACAGCAGAAUUGCUCACUGGUGUGUUCAGUGGUGAAUGUGGGUCAUGUGACUCUCUCCUGGUACAAAGGAAACAGUUUAUUGUCCAGCAUCAGUGUGUCUGAUCUCAGCAUCAGUCUCUCUCUACCUCUGGAGGUGGAAUAUCAGGAUAACAACAGCUACAGCUGUGUGCUCAACAAUCCCAUCAGCAACCAGACUCAACAUCUGGACAUCAGCAAACUCUGUCACACAUGUGCAGUGUCUCUGAUAGUGUUGAUUUCUGCUGCUGCUGGACCUCUGUUGAUUGUAGCUGCAGUUGUGAUAUGCUGCAUCUACAGAAAACACAGAAAAACUCAUCAAGAAGGCAAGUAUCAGACUCAUGAUGAAGAGAUCACUUACGCUGAUCCAACAUUCUACAAAAGAAAAGCACAGAAAUCGAAAGGUAAAGAGGAGGAGGAUGUGGUGUAUGCAGGUGUCGCCAUUAGAAGAUAAUACAUUUUCAAACGGUCUCAAACUUUAACAGAUUCAGUGAUAAUUUUACUAGGAAUCUCCUGUGACACCCAGCAGUUCCUGAGUCUAUGGUUGAAUUUUGGGAUUGGUAAAAAUCACCACAUACAGCAGCAGAA